UCUUAUACACUUCUCCUUCUUCUUCUUCUUCUUCUUCACCUAAAAUAAAAUAAAAAAGCUUGUUCCUCGUGACUUCUUAUUUUUCCGGUUGGGGUUCAAAUCCUCUGCUACAAGUUCUCCACCGGAAAAUGACGUCAGACGGAGCUACAUCGACGUCAGCUGUAGCGCCACCGAGAAGGAAGCCGUCGUGGAGAGAAAGAGAGAAUAAUAGGAGAAGAGAAAGGAGAAGAAGAGCCAUAGCUGCUAAAAUAUUUACUGGAUUAAGAGCUCAAGGUAGUUAUAAUUUGCCUAAACACUGCGAUAAUAAUGAGGUUCUGAAAGCUCUUUGCUCUGAAGCUGGUUGGAUUGUUGAAGAAGACGGUACUACUUAUCGUAAGGGAUGCAAGCCACCGCCGAUUGAUAUAGUAGGUACUUCUACAAGAAUUACUCCGUAUUCCUCGCAAAAUCCGAGUCCUAUGUCUUCAGCAUUUCCUAGUCCAAUUCAUUCUUAUCAAGUCAGUCCUUCAUCUUCUUCCUUCCCUAGCCCGACUCGAGGCGAUAAUAGUAAUUUUAACAUGAAUGCUGCAUCCAAUUUCCUUCCUUUCCUUCAAAAUGCUAUACCUGCGUCUCUUCCGCCUCUCCGAAUCUCCAGUAGUGCACCUGUUACUCCGCCUCUUUCGUCCCCAACCUCGAGAAACCCUAAACCGAUUCCCAAUUGGGAGUUUAUCACGAAACAAUCUAUGGCUUCGUUUAAUUAUCCGUUUUAUGCUGUUUCUGCCCCUGCUAGCCCAACUCACCGACAAUUUCAUGCUCCGGCUACAAUACCCGAAUGCGAUGAGUCUGAUUCGUCCACUGUUGAAUCUGGUCAGUGGAUAAGCUUUCAAAAAUUUGGGCCUGCUUUGGUUGCUGCAAUGCCGACCUCUCCGACUUAUAAUCUUGUGAAACCUGUGGCUGAGCAAAUUCUUGCGAAUAAUGUGAUUAAAGAGAAUGGGAGAAGUAUGGAGUUUGAGUUUGAGAAUGGGAAUGGAAAUGGACAGCAAGUAAAGCCGUGGGAAGGAGAGAGGAUUCAUGAGGUAGGAAUGGAUGAUCUAGAGCUAACGCUUGGAAAUGGGAAAGCUCGGAGUUAGCAUCUGUUAAUGCCGCUGGAUGAAAUCAUUGCGAGGAAGUAUUAAUUAGACUCCAAGUGAAGACAUGGUGACGAGAUGUUGCAACAGAUGAAUCGUUCUUGCUCGAAUUUGCAGUUCUUCGAGAAUGGUAUUAGAAGAAGUUGGAACACUGCAGGUUAUGGCUCUAUUGCUUUGAUGGGAAGAGCAUACCCUGAACCAGUCUUUAGUUCUUAGGAGGAAUCAAUUUUUCAUGUUUAAUCUUAUUAUGUUUAUCGAGUUUCAUUUUAUUGUUUUACCCAUUUAACAGUCGUAUUUGCCUGUUGAGUUGUUUGCAUUGUUGUCACAAUUAUUACAUGUAGAUAGCAUGGAAUAUUUCCAGGACUGAGAGGUUCAACAUGAGCUGAUAAAAUGAAAAUCAUUUCUUGUUAUUAA